UGUCAAACAUGGCUGAAGCGCCGCCGCUGCCGCUAGUGCCGCUGCAGGGAAAAUGCUGAGCCCUGCCGGCCGGGUGGGCGGCGGCGGCGAGAGCGGCGACGGGCACUCGCGUCCCGGGCGCGGCGGCGGCGGCGGCGGCUGCGGCCAUGGCCCGGCUGGCCGACUACUUUAUUGUGGUAGGCUACGACCACGACAAGCCAGGCAGAGUGGACAGUGAGAGAGAGAGACAGAGAGAAAGGUCUUCCUUUGCCGUUGGUUCACCCUCCAAUGGCCGCCGCGGCCAGCACACCGCACUGAUCCGAAGGCAGGAACCAGGGUCAGGAGAAGGUCUGGGGAAAAUAAUCCAGAGAUUCCCACAGAAGGACUGGGAUGAUACCCCUUUUCCACAAGGCAUUGAAUUGUUUUGUCAGCCUGGUGGAUGGCAGCUGUCCAGAGAGAGGAAGCAGCCAACAUUCUUCGUGGUGGUCCUGACAGAUAUUGACUCAGAUCGACAUUACUGCUCAUGCCUAACUUUCUAUGAGGCAGAGAUCAAUCUCCAGGGAACAAAGAAGGAAGAUACUGAAAGUGAAGAAGUGUCUGGUUUAAUUCAGCCUGCAGAAGUAUUUGCUCCCAAAAGCCUGGUGUUGGUGUCCAGAUUAGAUUAUCCAGAGAUUUUUAGGGCCUGCCUGGGUUUGAUCUAUACUGUGUAUGUGGACAGUCUGAAUGUCUCCUUGGAAAGUUUAAUCGCAAAUCUUUGUGCUUGCCUUGUUCCUGCAGCUGGAGGGUCUCAGAAGCUGUUUUCCUUGGGUGCAGGAGAUCGGCAGCUGAUCCAGACUCCUUUACAUGAUAGUCUUCCUGUCACAGGCACUAGCGUGGCUCUCCUGUUUCAGCAAUUGGGAAUUCAGAAUGUCCUCAGCCUCUUCUGUGCAGUACUCACAGAAAAUAAGGUUCUCUUCCAUUCUGCAAGUUUCCAGAGACUUAGUGAUGCUUGUAGAGCCCUGGAAUCUUUAAUGUUUCCUCUUAAAUAUAGCUAUCCAUAUAUUCCCAUUCUCCCAGCACAACUACUAGAAGUUCUAAGUUCCCCAACGCCUUUCAUUAUCGGAGUACAUUCUAUCUUUAAAACUGAUAUCCAUGAACUUUUAGAUGUAAUCAUAGCAGAUUUGGAUGGAGGAACUAUUAAAAUUCCUGAAUGCAUUCACCUGUCUUCCCUUCCAGAACCACUUCUACAUCAGACUCAAGCAGCUCUUUCUUUGAUUUUACACCCAGAUUUGGAAGUAGCAGAUCAUGCUUUUCCUCCUCCACGAACAGCUUUAUCACAUUCAAAAAUGCUGGAUAAAGAAGUGCGAGCAGUUUUCCUUAGAUUAUUUGCCCAACUCUUCCAAGGAUAUAGAUCAUGCUUACAACUUAUAAGGAUUCAUGCAGAGCCAGUUAUACAUUUUCACAAAACAGCUUUCUUGGGACAGCGUGGUUUGGUUGAGAAUGAUUUCCUCACUAAAGUGCUCAAUGGAAUGGCAUUUGCAGGUUUUGUUUCAGAAAGAGGUCCUCCUUAUAGAUCUUGCGAUCUCUUUGAUGAGUUGGUAGCCUUCGAAGUAGAGAGAAUUAAAGUUGAAGAAAAUAAUCCAUUGAAAAUGAUAAAGCAUGUAAGAGAACUUGCUGAGCAACUAUUUAAAAAUGAGAAUCCAAAUCCUCAUAUGGCAUUCCAGAAAGUUCCACGCCCAACAGAAGGAUCCCAUUUGCGAGUUCAUAUUCUCCCUUUUCCAAAGAUUAAUGAAUCUCGAGUUCAAGAGUUAAUACAGGAAAAUCUCGCUAAGAACCAGAAUGCUCCUCCUGCUACACGAGUGGAAAAGAAAUGCGUUGUGCCAGCAGGUCCACCUGUUGUUUCAAUAAUGGAUAAGGUGACAACAGUUUUCAACAGUGCACAGAGACUGGAAGUUGUCAGAAACUGCAUCUCAUUCAUAUUUGAAAAUAAAACUUUGGAGACUGAAAAGACCCUUCCUGCUGCUCUGAGAGCCCUUAAAGGAAAGGCAGCAAGACAAUGUCUCACUGAUGAACUGGGUUUGCAUGUCCAACAAAACCGGGCGAUAUUAGACCAUCAACAGUUUGACUACAUAAUAAGGAUGAUGAACUGUACUCUACAGGAUUGUUCAAGUUUAGAAGAAUAUAACAUUGCUGCAGCAUUACUCCCUUUGACCAGUGCUUUCUAUAGGAAACUUGCUCCUGGAGUCAGCCAGUUUGCUUACACUUGCGUUCAGGACCACCCCAUUUGGACAAAUCAGCAGUUUUGGGAGACAACUUUUUACAGUGCAGUACAAGAACAAGUUCGCUCCCUGUAUCUCUCAGCCAAGGAAGACAAGCAUGCUCCACAUCUGAAGCAGAAGGAUAAGCCUCCUGAUGACGAGUAUCAGGAGAAGACAGCAAUGGACCUCGCAGCUGAGCAGCUACGUCUUUGGCCUACCCUGAGCAAAUUAACUCAGCAAGAGCUGGUACAGCAUGAGGAAAGCACUGUCUUCAGUCAGGCCAUCCACUUUGCAAACCUCAUGGUUAAUCUGCUGGUUCCACUGGACACAAGUAAAAACAAGCUCCUCAGAACAUCUGCGCCAGGCGACUGGGAGAGCGGAAGCAACAGCAUUGUCACAAAUAGUAUUGCAGGAAGUGUUGCUGAGAGCUAUGAUACGGAGAGUGGGUUUGAAGAUUCAGAGAAUGACAUUGCCAACUCUGUUGUGCGGUUCAUUACGCGAUUUAUUGACAAGGUUUGUACGGAGAGUGGAGUGACUCAGGAUCACAUCAAGAGCCUCCAUUGCAUGAUACCAGGAAUUGUAGCCAUGCACAUUGAGACCCUAGAGGCAGUGCAUCGAGAGAGUAGAAGACUUCCACCUAUACAGAAGCCCAAGAUUCUUAGACCUGCACUGCUGCCAGGAGAAGAAAUUGUAUGUGAAGGUCUUCGGGUCCUACUAGAUCCUGAUGGAAGAGAAGAAGCCACUGGAGGUCUUCUUGGAGGCCCACAGCUGCUGCCAGCAGAAGGAGCCUUGUUCCUGACCACAUACAGAAUUCUCUUCAGAGGGACUCCCCAUGAUCAACUGGUUGGCGAGCAGACAGUCAUGCGUAGCUUUCCCAUUGCCUCCAUCACCAAGGAGAAGAAAAUCACAGUGCAGAACCAGCUACAGCAGAACAUGCAAGAAGGACUGCAGAUCACAUCAGCAUCUUUCCAGUUGAUUAAAGUAGCGUUUGAUGAAGAAGUCAGUCCGGAAGUAGUAGAGAUCUUUAAGAAACAGCUGAUGAAGUUCCGUUAUCCUCAGUCCAUUUUCAGCACCUUUGCUUUUGCCACCGGACAAACAACCCCACAAAUAAUUUUACCCAAGCAGAAAGAAAAGAACACUUCUUUCCGCACUUUCUCAAAAACAAUAGUAAAAGGUGCCAAAAGGGCAGGAAAAAUGACAAUUGGGCGACAGUAUUUAUUGAAAAGGAGGACAGGGACAAUUGUGGAAGAGAGAGUAAAUCGUCCAGGAUGGAAUGAAGAAGAUGACAUUUCUGUUUCAGAUGAGAGUGAACUUCCCACAAGCACCACCUUGAAAGCCUCAGAGAAGUCUACAAUGGAACAGUUAGUGGAAAAAGCUUGUUUUAGAGAUUAUCAGCGUUUAGGUUUGGGAACCAUAAGUGGCAGCUCUUCUCGUUCUAAACCAGAGUAUUUUCGAAUCACUGCCUCCAACAGGAUGUAUUCACUAUGCCGAAGCUAUCCUGGCCUUUUAGUCAUACCUCAAGCUGUACAGGACAGUAGUUUACCAAGAGUAGCACGCUGCUAUCGACAUAAUCGCCUGCCUGUUGUAUGUUGGAAGAACUCAAGAAGUGGUACUCUGCUCCUCCGAGCUGGAGGAUUCCAUGGCAAGGGAGUUGUUGGUCUCUUCAAAUCCCAGAACUCCCCUCAGGCUGCUCCUACCUCCUUAGAAUCUUCCAGUAGCAUAGAACAGGAAAAGUACUUGCAAGCCUUGCUGAGUGCAGUUUCUGUCCAUCAGAAACUCGGAGGCAACAGCACCCUUACUGUCAGGCCAGCACUUGCUCUGUCUCCAGGUGUGUGGGCAAGUCUUCGCUCUAGUGCUCGCUUGAUCAGCUCUCCAACAUCUUUCAUUGAUGUUGGUGCCCGGCUGGCAGGCAAGGAUCACUCGGCCUCCUUUAAUAACAGCACCUACCUACAAAACCAGCUCUUCAAACGCCAAGCAGCCCUUUAUAUAUUUGGUGAAAAGUCACAACUAAGGAACUUCAAGAUAGAAUUUGCUUUAAAUUGUGAGUUCGUUCCUGUUGAAUUUCAUGAUAUCCGACAAGUGAAAACCAGUUUUAAAAAGCUGAUGAGGGCUUGUAUCCCAAGCACCAUUCCUACUGACUCAGAAGUGACCUUCCUAAAAGCCCUGGGAGACUCCGAGUGGUUCCCACAGCUUCACAGGAUAAUGCAGCUGGCUGUGGUGGUAUCAGAAGUGCUUGAGAAUGGCUCCUCAGCCUUGGUCUGUUUGGAAGAAGGUUGGGACAUCACUGCACAAGUAACAUCCCUGAUUCAGGUACUCAGUGAUCCCUUUUACAGAACACUCGAAGGCUUCCGGAUGUUGGUUGAAAAAGAAUGGCUCUCCUUUGGUCAUAAAUUCAAUCAGCGGAGCAGCUUGACCCUCAACUGUCAGGGUAGUGGUUUUGCUCCAAUCUUCUUACAGUUCUUAGACUGUGUACACCAGGUUCACAAUCAAUAUCCAACAGAGUUUGAAUUCAAUCUCUAUUAUUUAAAGUUCCUGGCCUUCCACUAUGUUUCUAAUCGUUUUAAAACAUUUCUUCUGGACUCAGACUAUGAAAGGUUAGAGCACGGAACCUUAUUUGAUGAUAAAGGAGACAAACAUGCCAAAAAAGGAGUGUGUAUUUGGGAAUGCAUUGACAGAAUGCACAAGAGGAGCCCCAUUUUCUUCAAUUAUUUAUAUUCACCAGUGGAAAUUGAGGCCCUGAAGCCCAGUGUGAAUGUCUCCAGCCUCAAAAAGUGGGAUUACUACAUAGAGGAGACCCUGUCCACAGGGCCUUCGUACGACUGGGUGAUGCUGACCUCCAAACACUGCCCCUCUGAGGACCCCGACCUGCCUGGAGGAGCUGGCCCCCAGAGCCAGAGGAGAACAGUGUGGCCAUGCUAUGACGACAUCCGCUGCGCCCAGCCCGAUGCUCUCACCAGCCUUUUCAGUGAAAUUGAAAAGUUAGAGCAUAAAUUGAACCAAACUCCGGAGAAGUGGCAGCAGCUGUGGGAGAAGGUAGCCAUGGACCUUAAAGAAGAGCCAAGAGCAGACCGUCCCCAGAGACACCCCUCGGGGUCCCCAGGAAUCAUGUCUGCCAACCUCCCUUCCUAUCACAAGAGGUCUCUGCUGCAGCUGGCAGACAGCAGCGUUGGGGAGGAGCAGAGCGCCAGCCUCGCCCCCUCCAACGGAGUGGAGCGGAGAGCAGCCACGCUCUACAGCCAGUACACGUCUCGGGCUGAUGAGAACAGGUCCUUUGAGGGAACGCUUUACAAGAGAGGGGCUUUGCUGAAAGGAUGGAAGCCCCGCUGGUUUGUUUUGGAUGUAACGAAACAUCAGCUGCGAUACUAUGACUCCUGUGAGGACACAAGCUGUAGGGGUCACAUCGAUCUGGCUGAAGUGGAAGUGGUCAUGCCUGCUUGUCCCAGCAUGGGAGCCCCAAAGCACACGAGUGACAAGGCUUUCUUUGAUCUCAAGACCAGCAAGCGUGUGUAUAACUUCUGUGCCCAGGACGGACAGAGUGCCCAGCAAUGGAUGGACAGGAUCCAGAGCUGCAUCUCUGACGCGUGAU